AUGUUUUUGUCAAUUUCCCGAGCUAAUUUGUGUAGAGCAACAUCUACCAACACAAGCAGACUAAUCCCAAGUGUCCUGUAUCGUCGGACUUAUGCUACAGAUACAACAGACACCCAAAACUUGAUCGAAAAGAUUGUUCAAAAGUACGCAUUGGAUUUGCCUGAAGGAUACAAGGUCAAGAGUGGCGACUAUGUGACAAUUAGACCUCAUCAUGUACUGACUCACGACAAUACGGGUGCCGUUAUUCCCAAGUUCAAAUCCAUUGGAGCUACCAAGAUCCAUGAUCCCAAGCAGCCUGUCUAUGCCUUGGAUCAUGAUGUGCAAAACAAAUCAGAAAAGAAUUUGGUCAAGUAUGCCAAUAUUGAAGCGUGGGGCAAGGAGCAAGGCGUCGAUUUCUACCCUGCUGGUCGUGGUAUUGGCCAUCAAGUCAUGAUUGAAGAAGGCUACGCUUUUCCCAACACAUUAACUGUAGCAUCAGACUCUCACUCCAACAUGUAUGGCGGUAUUGGUGCUCUCGGUACUCCUAUUGUUCGUACUGAUGCUGCUGCUAUUUGGGCAACAGGCCGCACUUGGUGGCAAAUCCCUCCCGUUGUCAAAGUGGAACUUCAAGGUAAAUUACCUGCUGGUGUUACAGGUAAAGAUGUGAUCAUUACCUUGUGUGGCCUCUUCAACAAGGAUCAAGUGUUGAACACUGCAAUUGAAUUUCACGGUGAGGAGGCUUUGAAAGGAUUGUCUGUUGAGGAUCGUUUAGCUAUUGCAAAUAUGACAACUGAAUGGGGCGCUUUGGCUGGUGUGUUCCCUGUCGAUCAAGCUACCAUUGAUUUCCUUCGCAAGCGUCAAAGACGCAUUGAUCUGACUCGUUUCGAAAACAAAAACUUGCCCAAACUCAAGCAAGGCGAGAAUUUUAUUCAUCCUCGUAUCAACGAUGAGACCAUUCAAUCGUUGAUUGACAACCCUGUCAAGCCAUCUCCCAAUGCCACUUAUGCCAAGACGCUUACACUGGACCUCUCUACUCUAUCUCCUCAUGUUUCUGGCCCCAAUUCAGUCAAGGUGGCCACUGCAUUAGCUGACCUCGAAGCCCAGGAUAUCAAAAUUAACAAGGCUUACUUGGUUUCAUGCGUCAAUUCCCGUGCAAGUGAUCUCAAGCAAGCUGCUGAUGUUUUGAGGGGUAAAAAGAUCAAGGAGGGUGUUGAAUUCUAUGUUGCUGCUGCUAGUUCAGAGGUUCAAAAGGAAGCAGAGGAGGCUGGUGAUUGGCAAGCAUUAGUAGAUGCCGGUGCCAAGGUUUUGCCUGCUGGCUGUGGUCCAUGUGUAGGUUUGGGUACUGGUCUUUUGAAGGAUGGCGAAAUUGGCAUCUCUGCCACCAACCGUAACUUUAAGGGUCGCAUGGGAUCUCCCAGUGCUCUUGCUUACUUGGCGUCUCCCGCUAUUGUUGCUGCAUCUGCUCUCUCUGGCCGUAUUUCUGGUCCUGCCUCAUUCAGUGCAACACAAACACCUUCUUUCAGUAUCAGAACAGAUGCCCCUAAAGCCUCCCCAGAUGAAGAAGCUGCCACUGCUGAAGUCCUUCCCAACUUUCCCUCUGUGAUCAAGGGUGAAAUCUUAUUCUGCCCUGCUGAUAACUUGAACACUGACGGAAUCUAUCCUGGCAAAUAUACCUACAAUGAUGAUAUGACCACCGAUGAUAUGAAGAAGGUUGUCAUGGAGAACUAUGAUCCCAAUUUUGUCAACGUUGUGCAAAGCGGUGAUGUUCUUGUGGGUGGCUUUAACUUUGGUACUGGUUCCUCUCGUGAACAAGCUGCCACAGCCAUCAAAUCCAGAGAUAUUCAAAUCAUGGUUGCUGGAUCCUACUCUGACAUCUUCAAACGUAACUCUGUCAACAAUGCCUUGUUACUGAUUGAAUCCCCUGAGCUUGUGAAUGACCUGAAGGCUGAAGUUGGUACUGCUGAUCUCACAAAGCGUACUGGUUGGAAUAUUGAUAUUCAUGUUGCUGAGGGCAAAGUUGUUGUUCGUAAAGACAAUGGUCAAGAAAAGUUGUAUAAAGUCGGUGCUCUUGGAAAGAGUGUCCAGGAAAUUUGGUUAGCUAACGGCCUUGAAGGCUGGGUUAAAGAAAGAUUGUAA